AUGAGACCUGCCUGGGCUCUAGGCCUUGGAUGGCUGAAAUUCGCCUGCGCUAAAGGUUAUGGAGGUCCUAUCAACUGGUUUUUGUCGCUAAGCAUUUGGAAAUUACCAGCCCGUUUGUCGUACGCUGUAUAUUUAGUACAUUUUACAUUAAUUUUAGCAGUGAAUUCUUCAUCAAGUGUUCAAUCCUUCUUCUCUGUACCAAAACUUAUUUUCGACGCAUCAGCAUUCUUAUUUAUAACGACAAUUAUAGCUUUUGUGAUAACAGUUACAAUAGAUGCUCCCUUUUCAACUUUAACGAAGCUCCUCUUAAUUAAAGAGCUGUGUCAAAGGAAAUUGAGCUCCAUGAAAGUCAAUAAUACCGUAUUGAUGAUGCGAUUUCUUGAUGCCAGUGCGAGGAUUCCAAGGGCAAUUUUAUUAGGAAAUACACUUGACUUAGGCAAUUAUCACCAAUGUUUGAAUAUCCUUGAGUAUGUAGAAGACAUGAAUGUUCAGGGAAAAUACUGCAUGGUACACGUAUCAUUAAACCAGAGCACGCUGAUGUUAUUUUUGGAAAGGCCGUUUGUAGAUUUAGAAAAAGAUGACUUUAAUCGGUUUACUAUAUACGAACGUUUAGAAAAACGUUUACAAGCAGUUUUUGGGAUGCAGAGUCAUGAUACCAGGAUCAGUUCGGGCAGGACUCCUUUGUCAAAUAUAAAUUUGCGUUUGGCUAUUUGCGUACCAGAAUCUUGUACGCCACGUGAAGCUGUUGAGGCACUGUUCUUUAACAUUACUGAGUACAAUAUAAAUUUGGAAGAGCAGUUUUGCCGCCUGCCAAACGACAAGCCGUGGGCACCGUCCGAUUAUAUAGCAAUAAUAAUAUUUUCAUCGAUCCUAUUUAUUGUAACACUUAGUACAUGUUUUGAUGUUUGGAACGCAUUUAUUUCCAAAAAAGAUACAGGAAUAAGGACAAUUUACAGUUGUUUCUCCGUGUACACUAAUACACGGCGCUUAGUAACUUUUAAACCAGGUGCUGAACCGUUGCAUUGUAUAGACGGUAUCAGAGCGCUGGCCAUGUUUUGGGUUGUUCUGGGUCACACUUUUCUAUCGAUGAUAUCCAGCGUUAACGUACUCGAAACAUUUCAGUGGGCUACUACAACUAGGGCUAUGUGGGUUACUUCCGCAACUAUUACCGUCGACACGUUUUUCAUGUUAAGUGGUUUACUUAUUGUUUACUCUACAGCCGGUAAACUUUCUAGCAUGCAACUCUUGAAAAACAUACAUUUAUUCUAUUUAAAUCGGCUCCUUCGUAUGUUUCCGAUACUCGCUGCGAUGAUUCUUUACGAGGCAUCUUUUCUGAAUCGGGUGCUAGAUGGUCCAAAAUGGAAUGAUAUGGUUACGCCAAUACUCAACUGCAGGCAAUAUUGGUGGUCAGCAUUGCUGCAUAUACAAAAUUUAUAUAAUCCAUUACAUGCCUGUCUUGCAGUCUCAUGGUAUUUAUCUGUGGAUGUUCAAUUGCAUAUACUGUCACCUAUUAUCCUAGUUUGGGUUUUGACUGGGAAGAAAAAUAUUGCAUGGACUGCAUUGAUAGCCGGCUUUUUAAUUACACUCGUAGCUGCUUCUAUAUAUAAUUUUAUAAAUGAUUUUGGUUCUGGCUUAUUUGCAAACAACGUUCAUGAGCUGGAAAGGUAUUUUGCUUACUAUUAUUCAAAUACACUUACUCGUGCUUCUCCGUUUUUAGUUGGAAUGAUAUUUGGAUACAUACUACACUUAUGUAAAGGAAAAUAUCCACAUAUUCCUAAGGCAAUUUUAUUAACCACUUGGACUUUCGCAUUGCUAGUUCUCGCUGGUGUAAUAUACUGUGUGCCUUUAAAUUUCCGAGAUGGUUGGGAUAAUCAGUUAGCUGAUAAUUUACUAAACUCUUAUAUGAGACCUGCGUGGGCUCUUGGCCUUGGAUGGUUGAUAUUCGCCUGUGUUAAAGGAUAUGGAGGUCCUAUCAAUUGGUUUUUGUCGCUUAGCAUUUGGAAAUUACCGGCCCGGUUGUCAUAUGCAGUAUAUUUAAUACAUUAUUCAUUAAUUUUAGCGAUGAAUUCCUCAUCAAGUGUUCAACCCUACUUCUCCAUUCCAAAACUCAUUUUCGACACAACAGCAUUCUUAUUCAUAACGACGAUUAUAGCUUUUGUGGUAACAGUUACAAUUGAUGCUCCUUUUGCAACGUUAACUAAGCUCCUCCUAACUAAAGACAACAGAAAAACAAAUAAUAAGAAA